AUGGCCAGCGACGGAUAUCUCGCGAAGCCAAGCGGCGAAUGCUGCCUCCAAGGCACGCUGCACAGUGGCGAAGCAUGUGGUGUCUUCGAAACAAUUGCUGACGUCGAGACGUACGUCUCCAAGCCACGGCAGGGCAAAGCGAACGGCCACAUCCUGUUAUACUUCCCAGAUGUGUGGGGCAUGUUCCCAAACGGACUUCUCAUCAUGGACGGUUUCGCAGAAGCCGGAUAUCUCACCUUGGGACUUGACUAUUUCCGCGGCGAUCCUGUCUGGAAGCACCGCAAGAAUCGGCACGAUCGAUCAGACCCCGCCUUCGACUAUGAGGCCUGGAAGCGCAAGCACACAGCCUUCGCCGACGCCGCCGUGCCAAGGUGGGUGAAUGCUGUGAAGGCGCAGUACGGCAGCGCCGGCACCAAAUACGCGUGCGUGGGCUAUUGCUUUGGGGCGCCGUAUGUGUGUGAUGAGCUCGCACGCGAUACAGUCAUGGCGGGUGCAUUUGCACACCCCGCCUUCCUGACCGAGAAACACUUCUUCCAGAUCAAGAAGCCUCUCUUUCUGUCGUGUUCGGAAAUUGAUCACACCUUUGACCAAGCAUCAAGACGGCGAGCGUUGGACAUUUUGCAAGAGGGAGAGAAAACCUGGCAUCUGCAGCUGUUUUCAGGAGUUGAACACGGGUUUGCUCUGCGGGGUGACCCAGAUGAUCCUUACCAACGCUGGGUAAAAGAACAGAGCCUGAGCGGUAUCGUAGGCUGGUUUGAUAUGUGGCUUUCGCAAUGA